GGAAACGAAGUCACUUCCGGUAUUGAGAUAACGUAGGAUUGUGGGAAAUGUAGUGAAACGAAAUAGUUCAGACUACAAGUAUCCUAGCAAUAUGAUGUAAACAAAUGUAGUGUCUGCAUUUUGCUCUUGAUACUGAAUAAUGACGCAUCUUUUAGGUCGUCAGGACUGUAUCGACAGUCUGCGGAGAGAUCUUAUUGAUUUACAGGGAGCGGUUCUGGAUGUUUUCUCCAAGACUGGACCCGUCCGCUUCCCAUCAUGGAAAUUCCCUGAUAAACUGUCAUGUAAUCUGGAUUUGGUGAACCUUUUACAGGAGUAUGAUUAUGUGGAUGGCGAGGAGGAAUUCAGUCAGCACUCCCACAUAGUUUUGCUAGAGUUAGUGAUUGACAGGCUGAUGCUUCUACUCCAGAGUUUUAAUGUUCAUGCUGAGCAGUUGCUUGAGCAGAGAGCUUUAUCAUCUGGUCAGAAUGGAGCCCCUGUUUCCAUCGGUCCUGUGGUCAAACGCUACUGGAACAACCUGCUUCAGCUCAGUAAUGAGGCAGUACAAGGGCACUCACUGUCCACUAAGUCCCCAGUCAGUUCAUCCAUGACCAGUGUCCAUAAAGCCACAUCAAGCACCACAGCUACCACUUCCCAUAACAGGAGAGUGUACACCGCAGGUUCCUGUGUGUCUUUCAUCUCUCCGUCUACCUGCAAUGUGAGCUGUCAGACAGCAGAGUCAGCACUGGUGCCCUGUGAGGCAUGUGCUUGUGUGCAGGCGAGUAUGAAAGAGACAGGUGAUGUUGUAGUGUCUCUGUGCCGGUCUCUGGGCCUGCCUUGCACCCUCCAGCGCCUCAUUGAAGCUGUGGAGGAAACGCUACAGCUGGGACGCUUGUCUGCAUGUGACAUUUCUCAGUGGUCAAGUGAACAGCGCAAGGAUAUGAGUCGAGUGGGGAAACAUGUCCUGGAGGUGAGAGAAACUGUGGAGCCACUGAGGAAGAAACUAAAAGAGACAGAGAUUGAGCGAGAGAAGCUGAGAAAACAGCUGACACAGACAGUUUACAGAGAGAAGGAGGAGAGAAGGAGAAUGGAGGAGGAAUGGGAGCGCAGAAUGCAGGAGCUGAAGGCCACAGGGGAGAAAACAGUACAAAGACUAAAGGAGGAGCAGGAGGAGAUAAAGAAAGGUGUGACAUUGUUAGAGGACACAAAUGCUGACUUGGCGGCAGAGCUGAAGUUGCAGACAGAAGCAAAACAGAGUCUUGAAUCUGAGAGGGCCUUACUACAGGAGGAAGUGCAUCAGUUGCAUUCACUGGAGAUCACUUUAAAAGAGGUGGAGGAAAGGAGGCUAAACCUGGAAAAGGAGCUCAGAAGUGCACAGGCACUGCUGGACAAAGAGAAAGCAAAGUCCCACAGUGUGCAACGCCAGUAUGAGGCGCUGCAGGUAAAACAGCAUGCUCUAUGUAAGCGUUUGGAUGUGUUGGUUCAGCAGACUGAGGAUCUACAGAGCAGUCUGGAAGAAUGUGAGGAUGAGAGAGCUGAGCUUACAGAAAAACUUACACAUAUCACACAAGAAAGGGACAUACUUCAGGAGCAACUCACACAGCAACAGUCCCAGUGUAGAAAGCUGUGUAUUGAGAAAGAAAGGCAGCAAAAACAAAUGACAGAACUACAGGAGAGUGUAUCUCAUCUGAAAGAGAUGUUAGAGCAAGCUGCCCAGAGAGAGAGAAUAUUGGUGGCCUUUCCUGAGCUGAACCCUCAUCCACAAGCAACAACUCAAACUACAGGUGAUGUGAUGAGUGAUAUGGAGCAGCAGUUGAAGGCAAACUCACUGAGGAUCAGAGUUCUCCAGCAGGAGAACUCCUCUCUGAACAGCAGUCUAGCCAGAUUGAAAGACAUUCAAAGCACAGAGGUAAAACAAAGAUCUUUAGAUUCUGGGGAUGCAGAGAUGAACAGGGGCAGUGGAACUGUAGUGAUGGGACCCUUGGAUCACUCUAGCACCCCUUCUACCACGCCCUCUACUAUGUCCUCCUCCUCCAUUCUUCAUCAUCAGACUCUCUGCCUGUCUGUACAUCAAAAUAUGGAAGAAACAUACAUGAAAAUCCGCCAUGCUGCUCGCAACAGGUCUGCUGGCACACGCCGCAGAAAGAAGUGAUGUCACUUGAUGGAUCAAUCAGUCUGGAGACUUUGACAUUGAUGUGAAUUCUAUGGAUGUGGGACUCCUAUAUAGUUCAUUUAUAUGACUUUGACAUUCCAAUGGACACUUGGCAAACCACAUGUGAAUGAAUUAACACAAAUCCUCAAAACUGAGCAAUUCAUUUCAUUCAUUAAUAUUUCAGCCCAGUGUGGUGCUAAAAUAAGCUGGCUGACAGCUGUAAAAUUUGUAAAGUUAGGGAUUGAAAAUCCAAUAUUAAAUAGCCUAAAAUUAUGUCCUGAGUUAUGUUAAAUUAUUAUGUGGCUUGUUCACCUGGUUAUAACCAAAUUAAUAAACCACAUAGUGCAAAUAGACCUAUUACGUCUGUGGCUAAUAAAAACGAAAGUAAAAUGUUCCUUCUUAUCUGAAGUCUCACCUGUGUCUGUUUUGUUCCUGCGCUUUUCCUCGUUUGAAUCUAACCAGUGGUGGAAGAGUUGUGUCGUCAUGCCAUACUCAAACCUGCCCAUCUGUUAC